UCUCACAAUUUAUUUUUGAACGGAGGAACGGAGUGUCGCGAGUUCAUUAAUCUCGAGAUCAUCAAAGGCGAGCCCGUUCAGGUCAGGUAGUGCUAUUUGCGCUCAAUUCGCGAUACCAAAGCUGCGGCCAGUGUUAGCGAUUUUGAUGCUGAGAUACCGCCCGUAUUUGACAGCCGUGACCUUGCACUCGCGCUACAGUUUGCAGUUAUGUUUGAAAGUUCCUAUAUAAUUAUGUGAAAGCCUUCAUUGCGACUAUGGCGGCGGAUGAAUAUUAUACGUUUUCUCAGAGUGACCUGCCAGCUUCAAGUUUCGGACUUAUUGAGGAAAUUCGGAGGCAAGGGAAGCUAUGUGACAUCACACUCAAGGUCGACGAUGAAAUCUUCACUGCACAUAGGAUUGUCCUGGCUUCCACGAUUCCCUACUUUUACGCUAUGUUCAUGCACGAUAUGAUGGAAAGCAAGCAAAAGGAGAUCACCAUUCGUGGCAUUGAGGCCUCGGCACUGGAAGCUCUCAUUAAUUUUGCGUAUAGCGGCAAGGUGAAUAUCACAGCAACAAACGUGCAGUCUUUGCUAGUUGGCGCCUCAUUUCUGCAGCUGCUCAAAGUGAGGGAGGCCUGUUCAGAGUUCCUUGUUAAAAGGCUUCAUCCUAACAAUGUGUUGGGCAUACGUUCAUUUGCGGACACACUUGGCUGCCCUGCCCUGGUCGAGGCCACUAAUAAAUUCAUUCAGAAGCACUUUCUGGACGUUUGCCAGUCAGAUGAAUUCCUUGCACUCCCCCUGCAAGAUGCUAUUGAAAUCAUUGGUUGGGAUCAGCUCUACGUCGUGUCUGAGGAGCAGGUGUUUGAAGCAGUGAUGUCAUGGGUGCUAUAUGAUCGUGAAAACCGGGGCGCUCUACUGCCGGAGGUGCUGGCACAUGUUCGAUUGCCGCUGCUGAGCCCCCAGUUUCUGGCAGACCGGGUGGCUGCAGAGCCCUUAGUGCGUCGUUGUCACCGGUGUCGUGACCUACUAGAUGAGGCACGUGACUAUUUACUCAUGCCUGAGCGCCGGCCAUUGUUGCAGGGAUUUCGCACUCGACCUCGCUGCUGCCCAGAUGUGGCAGGCCACAUCUAUGCUGUCGGUGGUCUCACUAAAGCAGGUGAUUCUCAGAGUACUGUGGAGGUUUAUGAUCCCAAGCUCGGACACUGGCAGGUUGCUGAAGCAAUGUCAAUGACUAGAAGUCGAGUUGGUGUUGCUGUACUCAGAGGAAAACUAUAUGCCAUUGGUGGCUACAAUGGCUUGGAACGGCUGCGGACUGUUGAAGUGUUUAGCCCUGAAAGCCGCAUUUGGAGCCGGGUGGCAUCAAUGAAUUGCAAGCGCAGUGCUGUGGGUGCAGCUGUGCUUCACGACAAGCUGUAUGUGUGUGGUGGUUAUGAUGGAGUAUCCUCGUUAAACACAGUGGAAUGCUACAACCCUGAAAAAAAUGAGUGGACUAUGGUAACGAGCAUGUCCAAGCAUCGCAGUGCAGCUGGAGUUGUUGCUUUUGACGGCCACAUUUAUGCGCUCGGUGGUCAUGAUGGACUCUCUAUAUUUGGAUCGGUGGAGCGAUACGAUGUGCAGACUGGCCAGUGGAGCCCCAUGCCAUCAAUGUUGACACGUCGGUGUCGCCUUGGAGUGGCAGUGCUGCAAGGGAAGAUCUAUGUCUGUGGUGGCUAUGAUGGGGCGACGUUUCUCCAAACUGCAGAGGCUUUUGACCCUGUGACCCAUCAGUGGCAAUUUGUGGCACCAAUGAACGUCACACGUAGUCGAGUGGCACUUGUUGCCAACUGUGGCCGGCUUUUUGCUGUUGGCGGUUAUGAUGGUGUAUCGAACCUGAGCACAGUUGAAGUCUAUGACCCUGAGGCUGACCAAUGGAUGCCCAUAGCUUCAAUGUGUGCACAUGAGGGUGGCGUCGGAGUUGGAGUACUGCCACCUUUGUAGGAGAGUGCUCAGAAUGCCAGUGUGGCUUGUUAUUUGGGCCUUUCUUUCUCAAACGGGCACUGGUAUUCUAAGCAGUUCCAGGUGCGAUAGAAGAAUGCACACAAGCUUUAGGUUCUACAUUCUCACAAUCCUUCCUUUAUUCCACUGGCAACUAAAGAAAUGAAUAAUAAUAAGGUAGCAUCACCAGCUACAUAAAAGAUCGGUGCAUAUUUAGCCUGUAGGUGACAUAAAUAAAAAUAUAUAUGAUUGAUUGUAAUAUUGUGGUGUAGCCACUGUGUCACUAAGAAGAAAAGAUAGAGUAUCCUUUAGUCAGACAUUGCACUAGCUUUCUUGGGUGUGUUACCAUCAUUACCUUUCUCAUGCAUUUAUGUUAUGUAAAUGUUUUGUGUAGACCUUUUUUUUUCUUUAUUAAGUGCAUAUUUUUAUACACUGAUAACCAAAAAAUUUUCGAUAUAACACAAGAGGAUACAUCACAGAUGCAUAUAUUACAAAGAUGUUCAUGUAAAGUCCAUUGCUGCGCAUGUUACACCUAGCAGUUUACACCUGGCAUGCCUUGCAGAGCUGCAAGGCAUGCAAGGCAAGAAUGAACAAUUCUUAGUUGCAUAGGAGAAGAAAUUGCAAUGUCUCAAUUAUUAAAAAUGUGCCCCCAUGUAUUCAGCAUUUAUUAUAUCAUUUUAGGUCUCAUGUUCACGAAAAUUUUCACUUGUUUAUGCGUAUUUUAUGUUAUGUAACAAAAUUUUUGUCACAGUGCUCUACUACAUUGGGGGCAAUAGUUAAGUCACAUGAUAUACAUGCUGCUAUCACUAGCAGCUCACUGUAUCUACUCAGGACUUUGACGUACAUGUGCAACUGCAGAAUUGAAUAAGUUGGUUGUGGUGCUUGUUUUAGCGAGUUGCUGUAUGCUUUGCAGAACAAAAUAGGCUGCUGUUUGACUCUUAUUUUGUCAAUUCUAAAUAUUUUCUGGCAGGCUUAAUAGAGCUCAGUGAAACUGUAGCAUGUCUGUGACAGGUUUUAACGAUCCAAGUGGUUCCUUUUCUUGAAUUACAUGGGUCAAAAUGUAAUUACGAUACAGGCAUCUAAAAUGAAGCCCUGGCAUGACAGUAGUUAUGAUUCCGUUUUCUUUUUUAAUUAUUAUUAUUAUGUCAUGAAGCUUGUUGCUGAAGCUGGAAUUAACUAGCACUGCAAGUAAUGCCUGAUCAUCUAUAUAUAAUAGAGAAUAGUGAAAUCAAUUAUUCUGUAAAGAAAAUGAAAAGGAGUGUUGUCUAUGGAGAGCUUUCACCUUUGGUGCAGGUCAUUUCAUAUGCAAUAUAUGCAUGGUGUAAUUCAGCUGAUAAUAGGCUGAUAAGCAGUGUGCAAAAAGCAUUGAAUUCAUGACAUAAAGUGUUCUGGUAUCGUUCCUGCUUAUUAAUAUCUAGAUUGUUCGCAUUGUUGUCAGAUGUUUUCUUUGUAUACAUGCAGCUUCUUUUCACUAAUACGAUGUUCAUCUUUUGUUAAUGCUUUACAAAGGUGUAAAGUAUAAACCCCAUUCAAGCAAUCUUGCGCGUGACAAGCGACGCGAUGGAGAUGACUGUCGCGUUCGCUUGUCACCCAGAAGUCAAACUCCAAGCGAGCGACCACUGCGCGCGACGGCUCUCCAGUGUUGCCGAUAUUAGGGGAUCGAGUUAGCGCCAAACCUGGCGUGAUACUUGCUAUAAUUAUUUAAGUUGAUUUGUUUGGCUGUACAAAGCAACAUGAAGUAUUUCUGAAGGGUCUUGCAGUAGGUUUUUUUUCGUUUACAUAUCAAAAUUCGGUAGUUCGCUCGUUCCAUUUGUACACUGAGGAGCGCACACAUGCACAAACCGGUAGUACGUCACUAAUGUACAGUGCUCACGGAUUGAAAUAGGACACGGAGCAUUUAGUACAACCCUACAUAUGUGCAAAGUACGCGAGAGCACAAUGUCAUGUCGCUAGGAAUUUGGUCACCAAAGGUGACGAGGGCUCCGAUGUAAGUGUACGCGCCAGAAUUACGUCGAUGUGACACGAACUGCAGCCGGUUGAAGCGAAAGUAUGCGCAUUACUUAGCCCUAAAUUGACGCGUUUCAUUCCGUGAGCACUGUACAUCUCGUUCUAGCUGCCUACUAUUGGCUAGUCGCUCAUAGCACUUCCGAGCGACGAGCGACGAAUUCUAGAUUUGCAGAACCGAGCAAUCUGUACGAGCAACUGCCUGAUCCGUUGCUCGUCGCUGUCGCGCACAAAAUCGCGCUCAUGGGAUUUAGGCUGAAAGGUAACGUUUUGUAAAAGUGUGCUGGUAAUGUGGUAGAGUAUGUGUUUAUCAUGUGCAGAAGUCUUGAUUGUCUUGCCUGCACAUAAGAACACAUAAAUGCUUUAAUUGAUGAA